AGUACUUGAUAGCUAAGAUAUCGUUCGAGAUCCACUUCAUUGGCGGGUGCUGCGCGCGCCUUCGAUCAGCUUGACAGCCUUCGAAAAUGCAGGCCAGCAAAGAGGAGCAGCCGCAACUCGUCGAAUCGGGCAUCGCAAUCCGGUGCGACACUUUCGGAGAGGAGACCUCUUCCGCCCGGUCCCUGGUUGUGAAACGCAAGACUGCCAAUCCGUUUGCCAAAAGGACGCCAGUGGUCGAUAGAGGGACGAUACCGGUGGAGAAUGAUCACUCUUCGGCUACGUUUACGAGAUCGUCCAUCUUGCCCGUUCAAAGGAGGAGGGUGCCUUUGCAAACAGGAAAUAGUCCUUGCAGGACCGUCUUACCGAACGGUCAUGGAGUAUUGGACGCACCAUUCCAGGAAAAACUUGUCGAGGCCGGGCCGAGCUCUGAAAGACGGACAGACAAGAAAUGGAGGUUGCUCUGGAGGGGUGCUCUUGAUGUCGGUCAAGAAGGUUAUCGACUAGAUGGGAUAGCGUUCGUUGCUCAGCUGUCUUUCUCGUCGACCAAUCCUAUUCCCAACCAUCUCAUCACUUCUACGCCGGAACGACCUGCUCUAGCCCGCAUGAUCACUCCGGAAAAUACCUCGUUAUCAAAGGUGGAAAAGGACAAAAUCAGAGCUUCUCCCUUUCGGGCUCCCGUCGGCAAAGAUACGGAUCUCUGUCUCAGUCUCGAGAGUAUGCGAGGCAGAAAAGGGCUGAGACUACGAGGCAUAGAAGAGCUGGAUGACGAUGAGAUCGAGGAUGGGCAGGUUGAUGACGGGGUGAAGGUCUUCAUUAACCCUCAAUCGGUCGCGCUACAAGCCUUGGUCACAAACUUGCUCUAUCCCUCCGAUGGCCAUGGAUUCAAUCCCAAGGGGCGUACAAGAUCGGCACUCAUAAUCGGACUCGGCGAUGACGAUGCAAAUGUUUCUGCAACCAAGACUACAUUCUUGGUAUACGGGCAGACCAAGAUUGACGACGAUGGUCUCGAAAAUGGUUCGAGAGUGAUGGAGCUGUUCGCGGCUAGACGGAAAAUUCGCCCUGUACUGGGAAAAGAGGUCGUACGACCCGGAGACCCUUUGCCGCGAGAAGCGGUCAUCCUGCCAAACCAGAGCCGUCGUGACGCCUUUUCGAGACGCUCGACAUCCCUCUUUUCGCAACGCGGUUUCAGUCGUGAACCAUCCCAACCCAACAUCUACGCGCCUCCUACACUAGGCUUGCAAAACGGCGAUAGUUCGAGGUCGGGUGAUAAGGACAAGAACAAGGUCAAAAAGACCACUCCGGGUCGAAGGGGCGAGAAGAGGAAGAAAUCCGUCAUCGAUGAAACCACCCAGGCGGAUGCGCGGAGCAAGAAGAUGGGUCGGGUGUUGAUGCCUAGUUUGAGUUUGCCGGAGAUGGUACCUCCAAGGACAUCGCAACAUGUUCCUGGUUCCGACUUGCCACGGAUCAUCGAUGAUGUCUUUAGGGCGGAUUCGAGAUCGGCUUCGGUUUCCUCGUUCGGUGGAGAGGCAGGCGUCGAAGUGUUGCAAAACCCUUUUGAGCAGAAGAAUAAAAGCACCAUCAAGAAGCGUCUAUGCCAGAUUUUGGAUGUUCGAGGGAUUCCGAGAUCAGAUGUGCGGUUCAACGACAUCUUUAGCAUGGCAAAUAAGGGUACGGCAUUUGCUCUGAGGGAAGAUAUGAGUACAGUUUAUAUCCCCCACGCAAAGGUCGACCGGAUGAUCACAGGACACCUCGAUAUGUAUAUUCGGGACGAUGUUGGGAUUGGCGAAGAUAUCGACAUCCCGAGCAGCGGUCUUACAAGAUGAUUAUCAUGUGACCAUGAUCGAGGCUUGAUGGCCGAUGUGAGGAGAUCAUGCACGUCCGACCCGAGAACAAGGUCCGGGUCCACUGUUUCGCUUCCGCGCAUCGUUGAACGUCAUGUCAUGUUGUGCACCUUCGGCCUCUACCGACGUGAUUGAUCGUGCAUGUACUAAACUACUGUACUACUGUAUACGUGACCGACCAUCUCAGUCAGCUUGUUGU